AUGAACUCCGAUUUCCUAUCUCAGCUCACUCCAAAGUAACUCCACAGGAUUCUGGGCUGUUAUUUCCCACGCCUGUCAUUCACUCUUGGUGAUAUCCACUUUGUUCUGAACUUUGGAUUUACCCAUGGAUUUCUUCAAUGAUUCGCAUGUUGACAAUAUUUCCCACGAAAACAUCAAUUCCACAACAGAUGUAGAUGGGACCCCUCACUCCAGUGCUGUCCUCCCUGUCAUCUUUGGCAUCAUCUGCUUUCUGGGUAUCAUGGGGAACUGUAUUGUCAUCUACACAAUCAUGAAGAAGACCAAGUGUCAUGGCAAGCAAACAGUUCCAGACAUCUUUAUCUUAAAUUUGUCAAUUGUUGAUCUCCUUUUUCUCCUUGGGAUGCCAUUCCUUAUCCACCAGUUGCUUGGCAACGGUACAUGGCACUUUGGGGGGGUAAUGUGUACGCUCAUCACUGCACUUGACUCCAAUAGCCAGAUUGUCAGUACAUACAUACUCACUGCAAUGACUCUCGACCGUUACUUGGCUACUGUUCAUCCCAUCCGCUUCAACUCUGUCCGCACCCCCUAUUUAGCUGCGCUGGUUAUUGGUCUGGUCUGGGGUCUGUCCUUCCUUACUAUAAUACCUGUACUGAUGUACACAGGUCUGAUGUCCCUUCCAGAUGGUCUAGUGGCCUGUGCUCUCCUUUUGCCGGACCCUGUCACAGACACAUAUUGGUUCACCCUUUACCAGUUCUUUUUGGCUUUUGCUAUACCCUUAGGCAUCAUCUGUCUGGUGUUCUUCAGGAUACUCCAACACAUGUCCACCAGCGUGGCACCACUGCCUCCACGAAGCUUAAGGGUUCGCACCAGAAAGGUGACCCGCAUGGCAGUGGCCAUCUGCUCGGCUUUCUUCAUCUGCUGGGCUCCUUACUACAUCCUGCAGCUGGUCCACCUGGGGGUGAAUCAGCCAAGCCCAGCCUUCUCUUAUGCCUACUACAUAGCCAUUAGCAUGGGCUACGCUAACAGUUCCAUUAACCCAUUUCUUUACAUUAUCCUCAGUGAGACAUUCAAGAGACGGUUCUUCAGCGCUGUAUGUCCAACUAAUAGAAAGUUUCGGGUGAACCCAAGUAACACAGAUGGUAGUGUGAGUGUUCGAAUGAUACCCGAAGGAGCUCAGCAGGAUCCAUCUGAAGAUCUGAUACCAUCCAGAGCAGUUUCACAAUAAACAACAAUGAAAUAACUUUUCUCCAACGAACAUGUUAAAAAGUGCAAAAUAUAUCUGUAAAGUGAUUUAUGUAUAAUAUUUCAA